AUGUUUCUUAUCGUGUCAAAUAACAGUGAUAUUCUCAGUUUAACCAACAAAGAGUUAGAGUAUAUACCGAAAGUCGUUUUGCUGCGAGAGUUUCCAAACUGUAUAAGUAAAUUGUGGGACAAAUUACCCGAACAUAUAAAAGCUGAUUCGGAAUUUUGCGGCCCGGGAACGCAUUUAGAACAGCGAUUGGCUAGAGGUGAUCGGAGCAUUAAUCCGCUGGACGCGGCGUGUCGCGAGCACGACAUCGCAUAUUCGCGGAGCAACGAACUCGCUGAACGGCACGUGGCUGACAACAUACUCGUCGCGAAAACGCGAAAACGCAUAACCGCGAGAAAUUCGACUCUUGGAGAGAGAGCCGCAGACACAGCUGUUUGGGCAGUUAUGAAAGCUAAGACGAAAUUCGGCAUGGGUUUAAAAACGAAUAAGAAAAGGAGCAAGCGAAUACUUCCGGUAGCUAAACGCGGAGGUAUCCUGCCACUCUUGCCAUUGUUGGGCGUUGUCGGUUCGUUGGUCGGCGGAGCGGCGGGAGUCGCGAAGGCCGUGAGCGAUAACAAAGCCACGCAGCGUCAACUGGAAGAAUUGAAACGUCACAAUCGCGUCAUGGAAGGUCAGAGAGAGCAAGGAACGAUCCUGUCCGGCGGAAAAAAAGGUAAUAAGCGUACAUUCAGCGACACGGAGACGUGCGCCCCUUCUACCAAAACCUCUUUGACUCGCUUUGCCGAUGCUAACAGCUGCUGCAACAGCGGAGGAAGCCUCUCAGACGACGGUGACAGCUCACUCUCAGGUAAAGCUAAGACAAGAAAAGUAGAGGAAAAAGCAAACGCGUAUGUAACGUCUGAUCUGCCACCGUAUGUUGUACACAUUCAUUUAUUGUGUAAUAGCAGAAACAAUAUGCCCCACCCGGUUAAGAUUUUCGCAAAUGUGGGCAAGGUUAGGCCCUCCCCAAAUAUAAUCGAAAUGAAGCGUCUUGGCAUAGGUAAAAUCCUUGUGGAAUGCAGGACUGCAGCGGCUGCAAACAGGCUGGCUUCUAACCCGGACUUGGCGAACUAUAACCUCAAAGCGGUCAUCCCUAAUUACAGGGUGCUAAGAACAGGAAUCAUUAGAGACAUUCCUCAGGAAUUUGAUGUAGAAGAAAUUAAAGCCUCUCUAUCUACAUCUCAGAACCACAAAGUCAUUAGCGUGCACCGCUUGAACAGGAAAUCUAUUAUCAAUGGCUCAGUUCAAUACGUGCCUUCUCGCACCAUUUGUGUCAAAUUUGCGAGGCAAUCGCUCCCAUCCCACGCGUUUCUUUUCUGGUCCAGACACGAGAUUCACCCAUACAUACCAAAAGCUCGUAUCUGCUACUCGUGCUACAGAAUGGGUCAUGUCAGUGCGUCCUGCCGCAGCCAGCCUCGUUGCAUCUAUUGUGGCAACUCCCCACACGGCAAUGAGAGCACGUGUCUUCUCAAGGACAACACUCCUUGCUGCAUUAAUUGCUCUGGAGAGCACCUGCCGGUAGACGCUAGAUGUACAGGCUCCAGCAAUCUCUUCGCCAUUCUCACGACUAAUAGAUUUGAUACUCUCAACAGGAGCAGUAACGAGGAAUCUUACGCUUCCAAUCAGCAGGGCUUGUAUGCCCGGGUGGCGGCAGGUACAAGUUCUCGGCCGAGGCAGCGCAUUCCACAACACUUCAGGAAUCCUGUGGCUAGUAAUUCGACAUCUCCUUCCCCCGAAGGAACCCAAGCUCAGAGAUCAGCGGCUGGUAGAAACCCUUCUUCUAUGCCUAACGGGCGAUUGCCUUCCUUCUCGGGCAACGGUGUUUGUCUACAACAGAUCUAUCCUCAUACAUCUGCGAUGGGGACUCAAGGGGCGGGUCCUCCUCCCCAACCCCCCUUGGAUAGGAAUGCUAAUAACGAGCCUGGCGGCGCCGGUUUUUUUGAGGUUUUGCUGGAUCUUUUCGGAUCAUGCGGCGCGCUAGGUAACUCUAAUCUUUCGGCUCUCAUUAACAAGAUUUUAACUCUCAUCAAAAUAAUCUCGCCUUUCUUAAAUCAGGUGCUCAACCUCUUUAAUUCUUCUAGCCCCUCUUCUCAGCAACAGACGUUUUUUCAGCAGCAUCCUCCGCAGGCCUCACACCCCUGGGAUGGGGAGUCUCUGCUCAACCCUUCUUCAAAAUUCUGUCUCAAGAACUUUCGCAUUAUCAGAAAGGAUAGAUCAGCGAUCGGAGAGUGUGGCAUUUGUACGCUGGUUGGCUGUGAUAUUUGCUUUGAACAUGUUGACGUCUCGUCUACCCUCCAUGAUUCAAUAGAGGUGCAAGGAAUUAAAGUCAAGAAUGCGAGCCUAGUUAUUAUUAACGUCUAUAGACAUCCCAACAAACGCACACCAACCACUGUAUUAACUGCACUUUUUGAACUAGCAAAUACAUAUAACAACAUCCUAUUUGUAGACGAUUUCAAUGCUCACCAUAGCUCCUGGGGCUGUGGCAAGACGGACGCAGUGGGUAGAAAUCUGGCAGACGUUCUCGAUAGCUUGAAUAUGGUCAUUACCAACAAUAGAUCCCCUACUCUUCUCACACCUCCAGGAUUUGCCGUCUCAAUCAUAGACCUGGCGAUCGUCUCUGCUUUUUUGGCUCCCUUUUGUACAUUCGGUAAUUCGCCGGAUACUGCAGGCAGCGACCACUUCCCCAUCGCCAUUCACCUGGGAGUAGAUCUUGCCCAAAAAAAAAGGUUUCUAUAUAAAAUUAGGCUAGAUAAGAUUCAAAGAGCUGACCUCCUUGUUCGACUAUUUAAAGAAUCACAUCUUCUUGCGAAUAUUGAAGAUUUUGAUGAGGCGUCUACUAGAUACUCUCGCUUCAUUGAACUGAUUAAAAAUCAGGUAUCUUCUGUGCUUCCAGACAGACCAAUCUCUCCUCGCUCAAGAUUCGUUAGUCAAUUCAAAGCUUCGCCGGUGUGGUGGGACGAGGAGUGCCAGCGUGAAAUCGAUAACAGAGCUAAAGCUAUGCGUGCUUUCAAGCAGCUAUCAACGCUCAAUAAUCUAGCCAAAUACAAAAAAGCCUGUACAUCUUGUACCAAGGUGAUAAACAAACGAAAGAGGGACAAAUGGAAGGCUCUUUGCAACUCUUUUGACGGCAAAACUCCCACCUCCAAACUUUGGAAUCUUAUUAAAUCAUUCAGGAAUAGGAAUCUUAUUCUUAGUAAUGAAUCUCCAUGCCCUGCACAAGUCAUCGACCAGGCUAUUUUCAAUUUGUGUCCCGACUCUUGUCUAGACGGGAAUUUACCAUCUUUUUCGCAAAUGAAACUACAAAAUGCGAAUUCACCCAUAGUAAUCUCCUUUCUUAACAAAGAUCUUUCAAGGAAAGAAUUGGAUCUGGCUAUGAACUCCUCCAAGCGCAAACCAAAAUCUACGUCGUUGAUAAUGGAUCUCUAUGAUCCUUUCAUCGCGCACAAGGGCACUCCUCAGGGCUCUUCUCUUAGUCCCUCCCUCUUCAAUCUAUAUCUAAGACUGAUAAGGGCUCAGGUUGCCAGUGAGGUGCAGAUCUUACAAUACGCGGAUGACAUUGUCAUUUUUGCCACGGACAAGGAGGUACCGCCUCUUCUUCCCAAUUUAUGGACCUCUCAAUCAAUGGACAAUCGAUCCCCAGGGCAAAGCCUUUUGACUGAUGCUAUGGCCGCGGUUGCGUGCACCAAGUGGGGCGCUCAACCGGAAUCCAUGCUUUGCUUGUAUCGAGCCAUCUUUAGAGGUGCCAUUGAAUAUGAAAGUCUCAUAUUCCGGAUCAAAGGAAAUAGAAAGAUCUUUCUCAGACUGGAGAGGCUGCAAUAUCGAGCCAUUAGACUGUCAUUGGUUUACAGAAUGUCAACUCCGAUCAAUGUUAUGCUAGCGGAGGCCAAGCAGCAUGCCAAUCGGGCAAAAGGACUCCUCAUCGACGGAAGUCUUGGCCAAGUUUCAAGAAUACUAUGCGAAUCUUCCGCUGGAAAUAACGGCUUUCUACACGGCUCGAAAUCAGACAAUUCAUCUAUGGUAGGAGCAGGUGUGUUCUCUCCUGAUCUGGGGCUUUCUGUAUGUGAUAAGCUUCCUUCAGCUUCUUUUAUCUUUUCCGCGGAGGCGUGGGCCAUCCUGCAAGCCAUCAAUGCAUGCUUGGAUCUGGAUAUAGUUAACGCAAUAAUCUUUUCAGACUCUAAAAGUGUUCUGGAGACACUGGCCUCAGCGAACGGCAACCAUGGCAAUCAUAUCAUCCACCAAAUUAAGAACAAGCUCUGUCAUGCGAACUCUCGUAAAUUCAACAGUACUCUCUGUUGUUACCAGCCCACAAAGGCAUUCAUGGAAAUGAAGAGGCCGACAGAAGGGCCAAAUUCGCCGCUUCAUAUGGAAAAAGACCCUUCUUUGAAGUUCCUUACCCGGAUCUACAGAUUGAGGCCAGAGAACACCGCUCUACAUCUUUUAAGAAUUAUCUGGAGUCAACAGCCUUAA